UCUUCACUGUUUGGUCCACUUUCGGCCCCACAUGAAACAAAAGCAGAACACAAUUAGAGUUUGAGGAUUUCCAUUUUAAAGUGAUAAUCAGAUUCAUAGUCCUACUGUCUCAGAUGGGUACUCUUCAAUCUACACUAUUCUACUUGAUUUUGCUACAUUCAUGGAAGAUUUCAGCUAAUAAGGACGGAGAAUGGAAGUCUGCUACUGCAACAUACUCCAAAGACAAAGAUGGGUCGCUCAUUACAGAAGGAGCCUGUGGGUAUGGAGACCUUCACAAGGCUAGCUAUGGGAGAUAUAGUGCUGGGUUGAGCACCAUCUUGUUCAACAGAGGGAGUACCUGUGGAGCUUGCUAUGAGAUCAGAUGUGUAGACCACAUCUUGUGGUGCUUGAUAGGAAGCCCAUCUGUAAUUCUUACGGCCACAGAUUUCUGCCCUCCAAACUAUGGACUUUCAGCAGAUUAUGGUGGCUGGUGCAAUUUUCCAAAGGAGCAUUUUGAGAUGUCAGAAGCAGCAUUUGCUGAGAUUGCCAAGAGAAAAGCUGACAUAGUGCCGAUUCAGUAUAGAAGAGUGAAGUGUCAAAGAAGUGGUGGCCUAAAAUUUACAAUGACAGGUAGUUCUCAUUUCUACCAAGUCCUGAUUACCAAUGUAGGGUUGGAUGGUGAAGUGGUUGCUGUAAAGGUGAAAGGAUCAAGAACAGGGUGGAUACCAAUGGCCAGGAAUUGGGGACAAAACUGGCAUUGCAAUGUCAAUCUUCAACGACAGCCUCUGUCCUUUGAGGUUACAAUCAUUGGUGGAAGAACACUCACAUCUUACAACGUUGCUCCAGCAAACUGGCAAUUUGGACAGACAUUUGAAGGAAAGCAGUUUCAGCAAUAGAAAAUUCAGGAGUCUGAUUCCUAAGAUGGAAAGUCAAGUAUGACUCUUGAAUCAGUAAACAGAAAAACAAGCUUACUCGUAUGUUUUCUUAUGAGUAAGAAAUCCAAACUCAGAUUCACCAAGCAUUUCUAUAAUUUUAUGAAACACGGAUUCAGCUCCAGUGGUUUUUUUUUUUUUUUUGGGGGGGGGGUUGUGAAAAGGGGUAUACCUUCCGAACAAAAGUUGAUCUCUUUUGCUUAACCUUCUCGGAAUCCAUUUUUGUUGCUUGAGCUGAUUAAUUUUUCUUAACUUGUCCACUUUCUAUAGUUUACAUUACUUGAGCUGAUUAGUUUUUCUUA